AUGUUUUCUCUCACCCUCAUCUCCCAGCUCAUAUCGUUCCUCAGAACUCUGAGCAUCCCGAGUACGACCUCCGAAGCCGCUAACAUCGACGUAGUAACCUCUCCGCGCUCCCAACUUCGUCCUGACGUGAGCACGAACCCGAGAUGGAGCGGUGCUGUCAUAUCUGCGGAUUCUGGCACGAAAUACACCUCGGUCGCGGCGACCUUGGUCCUCCCCGUACCGUCUCUAUCACCGAAUAACAGCGCGCCCAAUACAACUUACACUGCCUCUCCAUACGUCGCGCUUGGUGGAGACCCAUGUCAAGGGUCACUCCAGGUCGGGAUGGACAUUAACGCAACCUUGAUUGGAGACAGUCAGGUAGCCGCGUAUGAUGCCUGGUACCAAUGGAACCCCGCCAAUUACACCAUAUUGAACUCCAUCUCCUUCAGCGCAGGCGACACCGUUUACCUCAACAUAACCCUAACCAACAGCACCUCCGGCACCAUAACCGUCAAAAACUUGAAUACGCACAGCACGGUGACACAAGACGUCAGCUCGACGUACGAGCUGUGUCAGACUGAUGCGGAAUGGAGCGUGAGUGAUUAUAAUGAUGAUCUGGGGCCGGAGGUCGUGUAUGUGGAUUAUGGGAAUGUGACGUUUGAGGCGGUGAGGGUGAAUACUAUUGUGAUGGAGGGAGGGGAGGAGGGGAGUGUGGGGGCGGAUGGGGCGGGGAUUGUGCUGCAGAAGAGGGGAGAUGAGAUAUUGACGAAGGUUGAGAUGACGGAGAGGUCUGUGAGUGUGGUUUAUGACGGAUAUCAUGAUGAGGAGUAG